UUAGCCGCCCCCCCCCCGUCUUCCUCCCUGGCUACCCCUCCCUCAGACGACCCCCGGCGUGGGCGCCCACCCCCCGCGCCCAUGUCGGCCCCGCUGAAGAAGGGCCCCGGUGGGCUGAUCGGGCUCAUGAAGGACGCCUUCCAGCCCCACCACCACCACCUCGGCCCCCACCAGCCCGGCACCGUGGACAAGAAGAUGGUCGAGAAAUGCUGGAAGCUUAUGGACAAGGUUGUGCGUUUGUGUCAGAACCCCAAGUUGGCACUAAAAAACAGCCCACCGUAUAUUCUAGACCUGCUUCCUGACACUUACCAGCAUCUACGGACCAUCCUGUCACGCUAUGAGGGGAAGAUGGAGACUCUGGGAGAGAAUGAAUACUUCAGAGUGUUCAUGGAAAACCUGAUGAAAAAGACAAAACAGACUAUCAGCCUCUUCAAAGAAGGAAAAGAGAGAAUGUAUGAGGAGAAUUCCCAGCCUAGGCGCAACCUUACAAAAUUGUCCCUGAUCUUCAGCCAUAUGCUAGCAGAAUUGAAAGGCAUCUUCCCAAGUGGGCUCUUCCAGGGAGACACAUUCCGGAUCACAAAGGCAGAUGCGGCAGAAUUCUGGAGAAAAGCUUUCGGGGAGAAGACCAUUGUUCCAUGGAAGACCUUCCGCCAGGCCUUACAUGAAGUGCAUCCUAUAAGUUCAGGCCUAGAGGCAAUGGCACUGAAAUCAACCAUUGACUUGACAUGCAAUGAUUACAUUUCAGUGUUUGAAUUUGACAUCUUCACCCGUCUUUUUCAGCCAUGGUCAUCUUUGCUCAGGAACUGGAAUAGCCUUGCAGUGACUCACCCUGGUUACAUGGCAUUCUUGACAUAUGAUGAGGUCAAAGCACGGCUUCAGAAAUUCAUUCACAAACCUGGCAGUUAUAUUUUCCGUCUGAGCUGUACGCGACUCGGUCAGUGGGCAAUUGGUUAUGUCACUGCAGAUGGAAAUAUUCUACAGACAAUCCCCCACAACAAACCCCUCUUUCAAGCACUGAUUGAUGGCUUCAGGGAAGGCUUUUACCUAUAUCCUGAUGGGCGGAAUCAGAAUCCUGACCUGACUGGUCUGUGUGAACCCACACCACAGGAUCACAUUAAAGUUACGCAGGAACAAUAUGAAUUGUACUGUGAGAUGGGUUCCACCUUCCAGCUCUGUAAAAUUUGUGCAGAAAAUGACAAGGAUGUGAAGAUUGAGCCCUGCGGCCACCUCAUGUGCACUUCCUGUCUCACUUCAUGGCAGGAAUCAGAAGGGCAGGGUUGUCCGUUCUGCCGGUGUGAAAUUAAAGGCACAGAACCCAUUGUAGUCGACCCGUUUGAUCCCAGAGGAGGGGGAGGGCUGCUGCGACAAGGUGCAGAAGGGGCCCCCUCCCCAAACUACGAUGACGACGAUGACGACAGAGCGGAUGAGUCGCUCUUCAUGAUGAAAGAACUGGCUGGUGCGAAGGUAGAGCGUCCUCCUUCUCCUUUCUCAAUGGCUCCGCAGGCAUCGCUCCCCCCAGUACCCCCACGUUUAGAUCUUCUGCAGCAACGAGUGUCCAACCCCCCUGGGGCUUCAAGUCCAGGGACUACCUCUAAGGCUGUACCUAGUUCCCUUCACAAAGAUAAACCUUUGCCAAUCCCGCCAACGCAUCGAGAUCUUCCGCCUCCUCCACCUCCAGACAGGCCACAUUCCAUAGGGGCGGAGAACCGACCUCAGAGACGGCCUUUGCCUUGCACGCCGGGAGAUUGUCCUUCCAGAGACAAGUUGCCCUCCAUCCCCUGUAAUCGCCAGGGAGAGCUCUGGCCUUCACGACCGAUCCCCAAAACUCCUGCUGUAGCUCCAAGCGCUGGUGGUGAACCUUGGCCAGGUCGGGAGCUGACAAACCGGCAUUCGCUCCCAUUCUCACUGCCUUCUCAGAUGGAUUCCAGAGCUGACGCUCACAGGCAUGGGAGUACUCUGAGCCUGGACACCACGGUGAACCAACUCAGCGGGCUCCCAGCGGGUUCAGACAACGAACUUUCUAAAAUAAAACCUUCUUCUUCAGCCAAUGCCAUCUAUUCACUUGCUGUAAGACCAUUGCUUGUGCCAAAGCUACCACCCGGAGAGCACUCUGAAAAUGACGAAGACACGGAGUACAUGUCUCCGUCUUCUUUGCCUCUUGUGCCGCCUGGCUCUGCUGGACAAAAGCCUGAGGCCAAAUUGCCUUUGGAAAUGAGUCAAAGUUCACGAGUGUUGGAGUGCGGCCAGGAAAUAGAUGGAUGUACCUAUGAAGCGAUGUUCAACAUCCAGUCGCAGGCGGCGCCGUCUGCCUCUGAGGCUGCGGCCAGCGUUUCUGAUGGGGGUGACAUAGCUGCUGCCAAUGACAUCAAUGGUCCUGAGGAGUCGGAGAAUGAAGAAGAUGGUUACGACGUGCCCAGACCAGCCAUCCACGUGGCCAUGGCUCGUCGCACGCUAUCUGAUAUCUCCAAUGCGACCUCUGCCUUCAGCCGCGCCUCUCUGGAUGGGGAAGUUCUAGCAGGUUUCUCCGACGGCUCCCAGGUUCCGGAGAGGCCCCCCAAACCUUUGCCACGAAGGAUCAAUUCUGAACGGAAGGCGGGCAGCUGCCUGCCAGGCGGUGGAGCAGGGCCGGCCCCUGCUGCCUCCCCACAGCUCUCCAGCGAGAUUGAGAACCUCAUGAGCCAAGGCUACUCAUAUCAGGACAUCCAGAAAGCUCUAGUCAUUGCCCAUAACAAUAUUGACAUGGCCAAAAAUAUUCUCCGGGAAUUUGUCUCCAUUUCCUCCCCUGCCCAUGUGGCCACAUAGCACACCCACUGGCCCUGCCUGGGACACCCCUGUGCAUCAACCUGCCUGGGCAGUUUCCUGCCCAGCUUCUACCUAGAGGAGAUAACGGGCUCCACGAGAGACUUCCUGCGAAGUCAGGCCUGCCUCUACAGGGAAUCGGUCAUCAGGGUUUUAUGCGAUUCCAGGUUUCAAAGCAAACGGAAUGAAACGGAGCGGCUAGGUGUGUCCUCGACAGUCUGUGUGUCUUUUUGGAGUCUGCCCUCGCCUGCCUCCUCUCUCCCUUCCCCCCCUCCCCCC